AUGACUUUCAACGCAGACGACUUCAAACAAUUCAAAAAUUUCAUUGUCUCGGAAAUUGAAGAAGGAUUUGUCCAUAUUCAAUUUAACAACCCCAAGACCUUGAACGCAUUUGCUGACCAGGACUGGAAGGAUUACUAUGAAAUAUUAGUUCGUUUGGAUGCCGACCCUGAGACAAAUGUGAUUUUAAUCUCGUCAACCGUGCCCAAGGCCUUCUCCUCUGGUUUGAACUUGAAGGAUGCCCUCGCAACCAUGAGCUCCGCAGGUGAAGGACAUGAUACUAUCAGGUUCAAGAAGUUGCACGAUCACAUUGCAGACUUCCAAUACUGUAUUGGUACCCCUGCAAGAAUCAACACUCCUACCAUUGCCCUUUUGAACGGGAUUAACUACGGAUUGGCUUUGGAUAUCGCAGCAGCCACCACUAUCCGUGUCGCUACAGCCGAUGCUCGUUUUUCCAUCAGAGAAAUCAAGAUUGGUAUUUCAGCCGAUAUCGGCUCGUUGCAGAGAAUGCCUAAUAUAGUCAACAAUAAGUCGUUGUUAUUCCAACAUGCAUUGACCGGCGAUGUCUUCAAAGCUGACGAAGCAUUGAAUCUUGGUUUCGUUUCCAAGAUUGUCGCUGAUAUCCCAGCCGGCCUUGAGUACUGUAAGGAAUUGGGUUCCGACAUCAACGGCCACCAGCAGUGGGCCAUCAAGGGUACUAAGAAACACAUCCAGGACAUCAUUGACAACAAGCCUGUCGAAGAAGGUUUGAAAGAUAUCAGAAACUACAAUGCUACCCAUAUUAACGGUAAGUUCUUGGAAGGUAUCCGUGCAGUCAAACUCUAG